UGACUGAAUUGACUAUCAUAAUAUCAGACUAAGUCUUAGUCGUCUUCUUUCACUGUUCAUUAUUCUAAAAUAGUUCUAUUUAAAACGCUUAUUAGUUAUUACAUUAUAACUUCUUCUGGUGUGGUGCCAAGCCAAGGCAAUCUGCCUCUACUCUAUUCAAUAGGACCUUAUCACUUCAAACACCCCCUUCAUCGGGCUGAAAUCUUUUGUAAGUUAUCAGUUAUGAACUCUAAGGUGACUAAGUUUGUAAGAUUUGUGGAGUAUAAAUCUGAUAGGUCUCAAAGUUCUGAGAAUAAUUUCUCCACAACAAGAGUAUCUGUAAGAGAUGUUUUGGGACAAGUUGGGAGAGGUGUCCAAAAGGGGUAUGAGAGGAUUAGAAGCCUUGGAAAAAUCCCAACUUCCCAUCCCAUUGUUAAGAAGCAAGAAAAGAAUCCAGAACUUAGAAAGAACAUUUUUAAUCCUCAAGGACCUUUCGUUCAAAAAUGGAACAAGAUAUUUGUUCUGGCUUGUUUUGUGGCUGUGUCCUUGGACCCUUUAUUCUUCUACAUUGUUGGAAUUGAUCAUAACAAACAAUGCAUAACUUUGGAUGAGCCUUUGGAAAUCAUUGCUUGUGUCCUUCGAACAUUUAUAGAUAUCUUUUAUGUACUCAGAAUUAUCUUUCAGUUUCAAACUGGGUUUAUACCCCCUUCUUCUCGGGGAUUCGGAAGAGGCGAGUUAGUUAAAGAUCCUCUUUCCAUUGCUAAAAGAUACUUGAAAACCUACUUCUUUGUUGAUGUUCUCUCUAUUCUUCCACUGCCUCAGCUUGUAGUUCUUGUUGUCAUCCCAAAUAUGGAAAGUCCUGUUCCAAUGAUCACAAAGGAGUCGUUGAAAUUCAUCGUUAUCUGUCAGUUAAUUCCAAGGCUGGUGCGAAUUGUACCACUGUUCAAAGAAGUAACAAAAACUUCUGGCAUACUAACAGAGACAGCAUCAGCUGGAGCUAUUUUUAACCUUUAUCUGUAUAUGCUUGCAAGCCAUACAUUAGGAGCUUUGUGGUACUUGUUCUCCCUUGAGAGACUAGAUACAUGCUGGCGAAACGUGCUUAAGAAACACGAUUGGGAUACUAAAUAUCUCUACUGUAGUCAAAAUCGUGAUCAAGAUUUCAAAUCUGCUAAAGAUCUCUUCAAUGCUUCUUGCCCUUUCAUCGAUCCUGACAAUGUUUCUAAUACGUUUAACUUUGGAAUAUUCACUGACGCUCUCAAGUCUGGUGUGGUUGAAAGCACAGAUUUCUCUUCCAAAUUUUUCUACUGUUUUUGGUGGGGACUGCGAAAUCUUAGUUCUCUAGGCCAAAAUCUAAAGACAAGCACUUUUGUUGGAGAGAUAAUCUUUGCAGUUUGCAUAUCUAUCUUUGGAUUGAUUUUAUUCGCAUUACUUAUUGGCAAUAUGCAGAAAUUUUUGCAGUCAACAACUGUGAGAAUUGAAGAAAUGAGAGUUAAAAGGCAAGACGCGGAGCAAUGGAUGUCCCACCGGAUGCUCCCCGAGCCUUUGAGGGAACGGAUUAGAAGAUAUGAACAGUAUAAAUGGCAAGAAACAAGGGGUGUUGAAGAAGAGACUCUGGUCAGAACUCUUCCUAAAGACCUUAGGAGAGACAUAAAAAACCACCUUUGCUUGGAUCUUCUUAAAAAAGUGCCACUGUUUGAGAAAAUGGAUGAGCAGCUUCUGGACGCGCUAUGUGAUCGUUUAAAGCCAGUUCUGUACACAGAUAAGAGUUCAAUUGUUCGGGAGGGUGAUCCGGUUGAUGAAAUGCUCUUCAUCAUGAGAGGAAACCUUGCAACCAUGACCACUAAUGGUGGAAAGACUGGAUUUUUCAACACUGCUGAUCUCAAGGCUGGUGAUUUCUGUGGAGAAGAACUUCUCACAUGGGCUUUGGAUCCCACCUCUGCCUCCAAUCUCCCCACAUCAACCAGGACAGUGGAAGCCAAAACGGAGGUAGAGGCAUUUGCUCUCAUGGCUGAUGAUUUGAAGUUUGUCGCUUCUCAGUUUCGCCGCCUCCACAGCAAACAACUCCAGCACAUAUUCAGAUACCAUUCGUUACAAUGGAAAACAUGGGGGGCUUGUUUUAUACAAGCAGCUUGGCGAAGGCAUUGCAAGAGAAAGCUUGAGAAGUCUUUAAGGGAGGCAGAGGAUAGGCUGCAAGAUGCCCUGGUGAAUGAGAUUGGAAGCACACCAAGCCUUGGCGCCACCAUUUAUGCCUCCAGGUUUGCUGCAAAUUUGAUCAGAGGCUUAAGACGAAGCCGUGUACGCAACUCUAGACCCACACAGAGAUUGCUGCCAUUGCUACCUCAGAAACCGGCUGAGCCUGAUUUCACUUCUGAGCAUCACUAGCUACUUAGCAAAUACUACUACUGGUGUCUGUCUCUCAUUGUCUUAAAUGUGAAAUUUAGCUACUUCGGUAUUGUAAAAUUUCUCUCUGUGCAUAAUAUGUAUAAUAGGCCUAGAUUUCUAAUGUAAGUAGAAAUGUUACUUUGAGAAUUUUAUAUAUACCGGGUAAUUUAAUUGUACAAGUGUGCCCCUUUGAUUCU